UUCAGGUUUAUGGCCCCGCAUGUUCUUUUUAACGUGCAGGCUCACGAGGUGCAGUUGCUUUUUUUCUCACGAAUCCCGCUCCUUCUUCCCGGAAUUUGCUAGAAUUUGGAAUCGAGUGAGUUUUCUGACGUAUUUGAUCACACAACCCAGGAGUACUUGGAGAGAAAACUGGUUCCAGAGGAGCUGGACUGACCAUAAAAAUGAGUCCUGCGGAUGCCCUUGAUGAUGAAAAUACAUUUAAAAUCUUAGUUGCAACAGAUAUUCAUCUGGGAUUUAUGGAGAAAGAUGCAGUCAGAGGAAAUGAUACAUUUGUAACACUGGAUGAAAUUUUAAGACUUGCCCAGGAAAAGGAAGUGGAUUUUAUUUUGUUAGGUGGUGAUCUUUUUCAUGAAAAUAAGCCCUCAAGAAAAACAUUACAUACCUGCCUUGAGUUAUUAAGAAAAUACUGCAUGGGUGAUCGUCCUGUACAGUUUGAAAUUCUCAGCGAUCAGUCAGUCAACUUUGGUUUUAGUAAGUUUCCGUGGGUGAACUACCAAGAUGACAAUCUCAACAUUUCGAUUCCAGUGUUUAGUAUUCAUGGCAAUCAUGAUGAUCCCACAGGGGCAGACGCACUCUGCGCCCUGGAUAUUUUAAGUUGUGCUGGAUUUGUAAAUCACUUUGGACGUUCAGCGUCUGUGGAGAAGAUAGACAUUAGUCCAGUUUUGCUCCAAAAAGGAAGCACAAAAAUUGCUCUAUAUGGCUUAGGUUCCAUUCCAGAUGAAAGGCUCUAUCGAAUGUUCAUCAAUAAAAAAGUAACGAUGUUGAGACCAAAAGAAGAUGAGAACUCUUGGUUUAACUUAUUUGUGAUUCAUCAGAACAGGAGUAAACACGGAAGUACUAACUUCAUUCCAGAACAAUUUUUGGAUGACUUCAUUGAUCUUGUUAUCUGGGGCCAUGAACAUGAGUGUAAAAUAGCUCCAACCAAAAAUGAACAGCAACUCUUUUAUGUAUCACAACCUGGCAGUUCAGUGGUUACUUCUCUUUCCCCAGGAGAAGCUGUAAAGAAACAUGUCGGUUUGCUGCGUAUAAAAGGAAGGAAGAUGAAUAUGCAGAAAAUUCCUCUUCACACAGUGCGGCAGUUUUUCAUGGAGGAUAUUGUUCUGGCUGAUCAUCCAGACAUUUUUAACCCAGAUAAUCCUAAAGUAACCCAGGCCAUACAGAGCUUCUGUUUGGAGAAGAUUAAAGAAAUGCUUGAAAAUGCUGAACGAGAACGUCUGGGAAAUUCUCGACAGCCAGAGAAGCCUCUUAUACGACUACGAGUGGACUAUAGUGGAGGUUUUGAGCCUUUCAGUGUUCUUCGCUUUAGCCAGAAAUUUGUGGAUCGGGUAGCUAAUCCAAAAGAUGUUAUCCAUUUUUUCAGACAUAAAGAACAAAAGAAAAACACGGGAGAAGAGAUCAACUUUGGAAAGCUCAUCACAAAACCUUCAGAAGGAACAACCCUAAGAGUAGAAGACCUUGUAAAACAGUAUUUUCAGACUGCAGAGAAGAAUGUGCAGCUCUCACUUCUAACAGAAAGGGGAAUGGGUGAAGCAGUACAAGAAUUUGUGGACAAGGAAGAAAAAGAUGCCAUAGAGGAAUUAGUGAAAUACCAGUUGGAAAAAACACAGCGAUUUCUUAAAGAGCGUCAUAUUGAUGCCGUAGAAGAUAAAAUCGAUGAAGAGGUACGCCGUUUCAGAGAAAGCAGACAAAAAAACACGAAUGAAGAAGAUGAUGAAGUUCGAGAGGCUAUGACAAGGGCCAGAGCCCUCAGAUCUCAGUCUGAGGACGCUGCUUCUGCCUUUAGUGCUGAGGACCUUAUGAGUAUAGAUUUGGCAGAACAGAUGGCUGAGGACUCUGAAGAGGACAUCACAGCAGCAGCCAGCAGAGGAGGAGGCCGAGCAAGAGGCCGCCGAGGAGGAAGAGGGCAGAACUCAGCCUGGAGAGGGGGUUCUCAGAGAGGCAGAGGCACUGGUCUAGAGACUUCUACUCGAAGCAGAAGUUCAAAGGCUACUAUGUCAACACCUAGAAACAUGUCUAUUAUAGAUGCCUUUAAAUCUGUAAGACAGCAGCCGUCCCGAAAUGUUGCUGCUAAGAAUUAUUCAGAGGUGGUUGAGGUGGAUGAGUCAAAUAUGGAAGAAGACAUUUUUCCCACCACUUCAAAAACAGAACAGAGGUGGUCGAGCACAUCAUCAUCAAGCAAGCGCAUGUCCCAGAGCCAAAUAGGUAAAGGGGUCGAUUUUGAAUCAGAUGAGGAUGACGACGAUCCUUUUAUGAACAUGAGUUCUUUAAGAAGAAACAGAAGAUAAUAUAUUUAAUAUAACUUUGAGGUUUUCAAGAUUCAGGAAAAAUCAAAACAUUGCAAGCUAAGAGUUUACAGUUGAAGAUUUUUAAAGUAUUGCUGUUAACUAAAGAAUUUGAAGGAGACUUAACAGGGAAAUUUAUAAAGUAUAAGAAUUUAUGUUUUUGAGUAUCAUUUCCUGAACAUGACUCCUUUGAGAAGCUUCCCAGCUCAAGAACAUACAGAAUAACAUUGGUUCUCCUUAUUUUUUUAAUCUAGUUGUUAACAUUACCUGGGGCUGCUCUAUAAAAUCAGAAUGUUAUUUUCUUUACACCUAUUAGUGUAUGUCUUACUGAAUGAGGGCUUCGCUUAAAUACCAUUCUUGAGAGUAGGGGUUAAAAGAAGUCUAUCACUAUAUAUUUCUGCUUCAUGAUCAAAGACUAUGACUAUUUUAAUGUAGUUACGUUUAGCUGAAGUUGAGGAAAAGAGCUUAUAAAAUUUCACCCCUUUAUAAUUUUAAUAAUUUCUAGAGAUUCUGGAUUUCCUGAAGGUAAAAUAAUUUUUGUGAAACUGUGCCUAAGCUCGCUCGCUGUUCAUUACUCUGUAUUGUUCUUUUUCUAAAGCUUGUGAUAGUUCAGCCACUGAGACUUUGAAUGUUAGAAGUAUCUUAUGCUUUGAAAAUUAGACAUAUUUGUAUUAAAAAAUAGAAAAAUCUCAGAAUUAUUAAGCUUUUGAUUUUAGUUGUAGCAGAUUUUUAAAAGAUUGUAUUCCCAUUGGGUUCCCUUUAGUCAUUUUCUUCAUUCUUUAUGGUUCUCUCUUCUCUUACUUAGAGCUUUCUCAUCUAUUUCUACAAGGAAAAGUGUUAAAAAAAAAAAAACCUAUUCUUAACCGUAUUUUCCUUAGAAAAUAUUGAACUUUUUUAGAUAGAGUGAUCAGUUGAGCAUUAUAUUAGAUUAAAAUAUUGAAAUAGAAUUUCUGUGGACUCUGAAUGCCAAAAUUUCAUAUUAAUAAUAUUCUAUCUUAACAUCGGACAUGGCCAGUUCCAGAAAUCUUAAUGAAGCAGCUUUGUCAAGCCCAUAUUUUCUCCCAUCCAAGUACUGGCCAGGCCUGACCCUGCUUAGCUUCUGCAAUCAGGCACGUUCAGGGGAUACGGCCGUGGGCAAGCUUGUAUUUCUUUACUUGAGUUCGGGGGGAGGGGGACGUAAUUUGACCUCUUCAGAUCUAAGUUCAAUAAUUCCAUCUCCAUCUUUAGACUGUUAAAACACCCCCUGAGUAUUUCUUCUUUUCAUUUCUGAGGUAGCUAUAUUUAAAGACUCCUUAGGGAAGUCACAGGUCUUGGUGGUACAACAGCCUGACAUUUCUUCAUUUGCAGAAUUCAACACUUGACUGAGCAAUAUUCAUGAUUACUGGCAUGGUCACACCUGGACUAUGUCAAAUUAUAAAAGAACAUUUGCAUAGUGGCUCUCUCCAUAUUAUAGCCCUUGGGGAAAUGGCCUUGGUCAAGAACUGGGAUAUAACAUUCUGUGGGAUAAAUUGGGAUGAAACGUGUUUUAAAUAUUUAAAAAAAAAAAUUUUUGUACCCAACUUGAGCAAAGAGAUUAAGUGAGCAGACAGCAUUAACUCAGCAAAGGCAUUGGCCUGUGAAAUAUUUUCAGGUACCUGUCCCAACAUCUUUACUGUUCCCAGCAGCAGUGAAGCCAGGAGUGAGAGUUGCUUUCCAUGUACAGUGGGAGCAGGCUUGGGUGGCGGCAUCUGGGAAAUGUAGGAGACAGUCACGAAAGCAUGCUGACAAAGUUCUUGCGAAAAAAAAGACUUUUUCCUCUAAAAAUUGCUCCACGGUAUGACAGAGGUACUAAAUGUCAUACCGAUGGCUCCUAGGAAAGGUGAUUCCAUGGCAAUUAGAGAAGUGAAAUUCUCAGCAAAUCCAAGUCAUUUUGUUAACAGUUUGUGUCGCUUCAAUAUGGUAAAUAAAACGUGAAAGAAAA